UUUUAGGUCGGUCUGAAAGUUAACCAAAAAGCCCUCUCUAAACCCAGACGCAGCUCCACUCCCGCUCUUGUCCUCUUUGACAUCUUCGCUCUCCCAGCUCCCAAUCUCCCGUCUCCACUAUCCAGUUUCAGAUUCGCCAUGGACGAUAGCUUGUAUGACGAGUUUGGCAACUACAUAGGACCCGACAUCGUGUCCGACCAAGAGAGCGAAGGGGAGGAUGAAGACGAAGACCUCCCGGACAAACCCGGGGAAGAAAGGGACGCCUCCGAUGAGGAUGACGCCACCGCAGCUGGUAUCUCCGGGUGGAUAACUGCGUCUAAUGAUGUCGACAUGGAUAACCAAAUUGUACUUGCCGAGGACAAGAAGUAUUACCCUACUGCCGAGGAGGUGUACGGUGAGGAUGUCGAGACUCUGGUUAUGGAUGAAGAUGAACAGCCAUUGGAACAGUCUAUAAUUAAGCCUGUUAGGAAUAUUAAGUUUGAGUUGGGUGUGAAGGAUUCGUCGACUUAUGUGUCGACGCAGUUCCUUUUGGGUCUCAUGUCGAAUCCGGCGCUGGUUAGGAAUGUUGCACUCGUGGGGCAUUUGCAGCAUGGGAAGACUCUUUUCAUGGACAUGUUGAUUGAGCAGACUCAUCACAUUUCUACUUUUGAUCCGAACAGUGAGAAGCACAUGAGGUACACGGACACAAGAAUUGAUGAGCAAGAGAGGAAGAUUUCCAUCAAGGCGGUGCCUAUGUCGCUUGUUCUUGAAGAUAGUAAUUCUAAAUCCUAUCUAUGUAAUAUUAUGGAUACCCCUGGCCAUGUCAAUUUCUCUGAUGAGAUGACUGCCGCACUCAGACUUGCUGAUGGUGCUGUGUUGAUUGUUGAUGCUGCUGAGGGAGUAAUGGUAAACACAGAAAGGGCAAUACGUCAUGCAAUCCAAGAACGGCUUCCUAUAGUUGUUGUAAUCAAUAAGGUUGACCGGCUGAUAACAGAACUUAAAUUACCACCAAAGGAUGCAUACCAUAAAUUAAGGCAUACAAUAGAAGUAAUCAAUAACCACAUAUCUGCUGCCUCAUCAACUGCAGGAGGUGUUCAAACCGUUGAUCCUGCUGCUGGAAAUGUUUGUUUUGCAAGUUCAAGUGCUGGUUGGUCCUUCACUUUGCAAUCAUUUGCCAAGCUUUAUGUUAAGCUCCAUGGAAUUCCAUUUGAUGCUAAUAAGUUUGCAACCCGUCUUUGGGGUGAUAUGUACUAUCAUCCUGAUGAAAGGGUCUUCAAGAGGAAACCCCCUGUAAAUGGAGGAGAAAGAUCAUUUGUGCAGUUUAUCCUUGAGCCUCUCUACAAAAUCUAUAGUCAGGUGAUAGGAGAACACAGGAAGAGUGUGGAGGCAACUCUUUCAGAACUUGGUGUAACUCUUAGCAAUGCAGCAUACCGAUUAAAUGUUAGGCCUUUGCUAUGGUUGGCUUGUAGUUCAGUUUUUGGGUCUGCCACAGGCUUCACUGACAUGCUGGUUAACCACAUUCCUUCAGCCAAGGGUGCUGCAGCGAGGAAGGUAGAGCACAUAUAUACAGGUCCUCGAGAUUCUUCAAUAUACCAGGCUAUGGAAGAUUGUGACCCUUCAGGUCCACUGAUGAUUAAUGUGACAAAACUUUACCCAAAGUCGGAUUGUAGUGUAUUUGAUGCUUUUGGUAGAGUUUACAGCGGUGAGAUUCAGACCGGCCAGACCAUACGUGUACUGGGAGAAGGUUAUUCACCUGAUGAUGAGGAGGAUAUGACCAUAAAAGAAGUGACAAAGUUGUGGGUUUAUCAAUCUCGUUAUCGCAUACCCAUAAGCAAAGCUCCUCCUGGGUCUUGGGUACUAAUAGAGGGUGUUGAUGCUUCGAUUAUGAAGACUGCUACACUUUGCAAUGUGGAUUAUGAUGAAGAUGUGUAUAUUUUUCGACCUCUUCGUUUCAAUACCCUCCCUGUUGUCAAGACAGCAACUGAGCCUUUGAAUCCAAGUGAGUUACCCAAGAUGGUGGAAGGUCUCCGAAAGAUCAGUAAGAGCUACCCUCUAGCAAUUACCAAAGUUGAGGAGUCAGGUGAACAUACUAUUUUAGGUACUGGGGAGUUAUACUUGGAUUCUAUAAUGAAGGACCUUAGGGAGCUCUAUUCUGAAGUGGAAGUCAAGGUGGCAGAUCCUGUUGUUUCAUUUUGCGAAACAGUCGUGGAGUCGUCAUCAAUGAAAUGUUUUGCUGAAACACCCAACAAGAAGAAUAAAAUAACCAUGAUUGCAGAACCUUUGGAGAAAGGACUUGCAGAAGAUAUUGAGAAUGGUGUUGUAAGCAUUGAUUGGCCUCGAAAGAGACUUGGUGAUUUCUUCCAGACAAAAUAUGAUUGGGAUUUGCUUGCAGCACGGUCUAUCUGGGCAUUUGGGCCUGAUAAACAGGGACCUAACAUCCUAUUAGAUGAUACCCUCCCUAGUGAAGUUGACAAGAAUUUGCUGAAUGCUGUAAAGGAUUCUAUUGUUCAGGGGUUCCAAUGGGGUGCCCGAGAAGGACCCCUCUGUGAUGAGCCAAUCAGAAAUGUAAAAUUCAAAAUUGUUGAUGCAAGGGUUGCUCCAGAGCCUUUGCAUCGUGGCACUGGUCAGAUCAUUCCUACAGCCCGACGGGUGGCCUACUCAGCUUUUCUCAUGGCAACACCACGGCUUAUGGAACCUGUAUACUAUGUAGAGAUACAAACUCCAAUAGACUGUGUCUCUGCAAUCUACACUGUGCUGUCUCGUCGGCGUGGGCAUGUUACAGCUGAUGUUCCUCAGCCAGGCACCCCAGCUUAUAUUGUGAAGGCAUUUCUACCAGUUAUAGAAUCAUUUGGCUUCGAGACAGACUUGAGGUACCAUACUCAAGGGCAAGCGUUCUGCCUUUCCGUAUUUGAUCAUUGGGCCAUAGUUCCUGGAGACCCCCUUGACAAGAGCAUAGUGUUGCGGCCUCUUGAACCUGCACCUAUUCAGCACCUUGCUCGUGAGUUCAUGGUGAAGACAAGGCGUCGGAAGGGCAUGAGUGAGGACGUGAGCAUCAACAAAUUCUUCGAUGAAGCCAUGAUGCAAGAGCUUGCUCAACAGGCAGCUGACCUUCAUCAGCAAAUGAUUUAAUGUAGGCAACAAGAUGCGAACAUGAAUACCUUCUAAGUGGAAGCCAUGGUGGUGAAGCUAACCGGCCAGGUGCUAAACCACAUCAGAAGAUCACGCAAAUCUGCGCCUGGUUGGAAGGAUGCACUCAGCACUCCCCUGUUUCAACUUACAUACUUGUUUUAAGUAAAUACUUGUAUCAGCACAUGGCUCUUAAAUCUAAAUAUGAAUCAACCCAUGAAAUAGUAUAAGAUUCACUCAUUGAUCAUGGAACCCUUGGAACAGAAAUCAACAUCUGAAGACAAUAAAAUUUCUUAUGGGCUACUACUGCACAAUCACAA